GUUAGAAACAUAGAAAUUGUAAAUGUAUUUCUAAUCUACCACGUGACCUCUUUUUGUCACACCUUACAGCUCGAACAAGGAAGAGGCGGCCCCGAGGCCGUAGAAACCACAUUUACGCUCCCGCGCGAACACGACACACAGGUCGAGGAGAUAUCUUCAUCAAUAUGCUUUGGACGAUGCAUAAUAUAAGUCCAAUCAAAGUACUCUUAAGAGCGAGAGACAUUCUGUGGUAAGUUAGAGAUAUGAGCGACGAAGGCGACGAAGCCACUUCCUAAACGAGGUUAUGGACGUGAAUGGAUACUCACAUGUCUGGAUAAUCGAGGAUGUCAAUACAUAUGAGCACACCAGUGGCAAACCAUUCUCAAGCAGAAUUUAAGUCAUUUUGUUCGAUCUUAUUAUAGAUCCUACAAUGAAAGUUACUAAUUACGUGAAGUAGGUUGUUUAGGGCUCAUCACACAUGUUCCAGGGCACCGUUCCAUAACGGAAUCUUCGCGCUUAGUCGGAAGUUUGUUUUUAGGAUUGGGGGUUAUGAUGUCCUAGUGAGUGAGUAAGUGAGACUGGUUUUACGCUGAUUUUUGCAAUAUUCCAGGAAUAUCACGGCGGGGACACCAGAAAUUGUCACACAUUGUACCCAUGUGGGGAAGCGAACCCGGGUUUUCGGCGUGACGAGCGAACGCUUUACCAACUAGGCUACCCCACCGCCCUAUGAUGUCCUAGAGGUAGAUCACUCCAUGGUGAGGGGCCCGGCCUUUUACUAACCGUUGUGAAACACACAUGUGCGAAACUGUGUUGCAUAUUUUGCGAGACAUUCCAUUUCAAGAAAAUAUAUACGCUCAUUGGUGGAAUGUAACUACGUUGAUUGAUUGACUGGUUGUCAAUAGAUAGACAUUAUAGAUUGCUUUUUGGGGAUGAUAAUAAACAUGAUAGAUAUCAAAAUAAACCAGAAUAAGGUAUGCUCUGCUGUGCUUCAUAAGAUUACCAUAAAUCUUUAGAUUACUGUAGUUGAAUAAACGUUUCCUCGUCUAGGUACAUAUAUGACUCCUCUCCCUCAGCACUGGUGUGGGCAAUGGCGGGGAAGAGAUGACACCUACGUCCCUCAGCUUAUCUGCAUAUUUCGGUGGCAGCUUUUUAUAAUUAAAAAUAAAAUGUCUUAGCAUAUCAGAUUGGAAACAUGGGUAUGUUCCAUUUGUCUCAUUCCAAAUUCCAUUCCAUACUAAACACUAUGCACCCGAAACUGCUUAUUAAUAACAUAAAUCUAGGUGAUCUUACUCUUUUGCACGUUUAGCUUGGUGAUUAUUCACACGCGUUAAAAAUAUUUUUAAAAAAACCUAUUGUACUACAUUUUGGGCCAAUCAAUGUACUUGUACAUACGUUGGCAAUGUUCUGUUAUAUUAAUACCAGGAGAUAUUCAUUCUGUUUAUAGUGAAAAAAACCCAAUGUAGUCAAAUUUAAACAAUAAGUAAACAGAAGCCACGUGGAUUACUGUGAGACACCAUUUGUAUUUUACGCUUUUCAUAAUAAUACAAACCGUCCACUCUUGUGGUGAGUAUUUGUCAUUGACAUGCAUAUUACCUUUUAUAUACCCUCAAUUUUGUCUUUGUGACCUGAAUAAAAUGGUGUUAGGUACAUGUAUGACCAAGUAAAGUAAGCCUGACAGUCGUGUGUUGGCGUUACAAACAGUAAAUGUACAUUUAUGGUCGUACAUUCUACACACAUUCAUACAUCGAAUGUACACAACAACCAGGCCUCCUUCACACUGGUGUUAUGUCACACCAACACGACACGAGCAGUGAACUGAACACUGUGCUGUACCCUGUUCCUUUACCGAGAACGUGUCAUCUAUAAAUAGAUACCGUUGGGCUUUCCAGUGACUUGGGAUAUGCUUUGAUAUAUGAUGAAUGCUCUCUCAUGCUGUGUGGCUAGGAAGCGCAGCAUAGCCAGGUUCCCUGAUAACAGACCAUCAGAUAGCCAGUAUGGCAAGAUCGUUCAAUCAACUAUGUAAAGAAAUGUUAAGCGAGUGGCUAGGAGAGAGGAAGCGGUUCAAGUUGUUGUUUGAAAGUGCAAACGAGUUGAACGUUCCCCAUGAAUUCCAUAGACGUUGCGAUAAAAAAGGACCGACGGUGUCUAUCUUCUCGUCAGACAAGAACUUGUUUGGGGGGUACACUGCUGCAAGCUGGGAAGCCAAACCUUCACCGGGAUCAAAAUCGGAUCGAUCUGCUUUCGUCUUCAAGCUGUACGAUCAAGGAUCUUUCGAUCCAAGGAAAUAUGACACUGAUGACCACAACUCUUCAAUCUAUUGUCAUCCUCUGUACGGUCCAACGUUUGGCGGAGGUGACUCUGCCAGUGCUAGACGAGAUAUUGAAACUAAGUGUGAGCGCCGCCCACUGUCCAGGCAGGAUGCCAUAAUGAGGAUUAAGACUGACUUGGGUCAGACGUACAACCGCCAAAGAAAACACAGAAAAGAAGAUCUGAUGACUCACAAUCUCAUUCCCACGAGAUUUCAAGUUUACCAAGUUCUUGAAGAUAAAGAGUAUACAUGUAUGUCUUCCCCAUGGACAACAAUUAGUCACACAAAUGAAAGAAUAAAGGAAGACAUAGUAGCUUGUAGGUUGUCACCUGAUCCCAUAAAGAUCCUACUUGUGAGUCGGCGAGAUGCAGGCCAGUCGAGCUAUAUUCACAGUGUUCGCUCCGCCUUUAGAGGAUAUGUCACAAGCACCCUCUGCAGUAAAGGUGCAACUGAAAGUCGCACUUCCAAGUGGAAGGAGCAUCAGGUCACAAGCGGACGAGACCGGACAGUUCUCAAUUUCCGUUUGUGUGAGAGUCCGGGAUUGGAAGCACCCAUACAUAUUCCCCGUGUUGCAGACUCCUCUGGACUGAUAGCGACAACAUUCAAACAAAUGAAAAAGUUGUACUCAUUUGCGCAAGAAGUCAUGGACUACUACGCGAAGAGCUCUCAUUUGCAGAGGAUGCAAGGCAUUGUGUUUGUUAUUGACUGUAAUGACAUUGAUGACCUACCAAGAGAUAUUAAAAGGGAGUUCGACCAGCGGAAAGAAAUAGCAAACAAACAUAAGAUUCCACAAACAGUACUGCUGACAAAGAUAGACACAGUGUGCUCGGUAGUGGACCAGGACCUGUCUCAGAUAUUCCAUAGUUCCAAGAUAGCGGAUCUGGUUGGCAAGACAGCAGAGCUCAUGGGGCUGCCUCGCUCUCACAUCUUCCCUGUGAAGAACUAUGUUCAGGAGAUGGAACUGGAGAAGGAUGUCGACCGCCUCACGCUGUUCAGCCUGAGGCAGAUGCUAAGGUUCAUACAGGAUCGGCAGUGUGACUCUGUGCAGAGUCCAGGCCUUCCAGAAGAUAUUGUGUAGCAGCUAUUGUGUAUGCAGUGCAGUGAAUGUUUCCAUGGUAGUGAUCCUAACGAUCAUAUAUAGACUGCAUAGAAAUGAAUACUCGUUCGUUUCAGCCAAGUAGCAUCGAACGUUUAUUUAUCAUCAAGAAAAAUUUAACCGUUCCUAUACAGUGUAGCUUCUUAUGUUCACAUGUCAUGUUUUUAUGUUUGUCAUGUCAUGUCAUGUGAUAUUGUCAUUAUCCCUUUAUCAAAGGUCACAAACAUGGUCUGCAGAUUGUCUCCAAUCCGCUUUAUUUAUUUUCCAAAUCGAAUAUAGCCAGAUGUUCAAACUUUCAAGAAACUCUAUGCCUAGAUAACCCUGAUAGACUUUGAACAGUGGGAGUUUCUAUUUUAUGGUACCACAAGGCGAGUGUGGUUAAUCUGCUUCACUGUUAAUCCACUUCACUGGGAGUGAAAGUUAAUCUCCCUUGACCUGCCUAUUUAGUAAACAAGGACUCUGCCUGUCUUUUUAUUCCAUUCAGAAACUGUUCUUUUUCUAUUUGUCCACGUCACCGCGUUUAUAGACUGUCCUCACUUAAUUUCUGUAAUUUCUGAGUUUAGCCAAGUGAAAUACAUUUCAUAUGACAUGGUUUUAGAGAGUGCAUCCAUAUGGAGUGAAGCGUGAGAAAUGUGGUUCUAAACAUGUGUGUCACCCACAAUAUCAUCAUACCAGGUGGGAGUCAUGCACAUGAGCUUCCUGUGGGCUCUCAAUGCCCUGCACAUUCUAUACUUGAGCCUGGUGAACAAGAGAGAGGACCAGGGUUCUGUUGGCAAGACUGUGGCUUAUAAACUGAAAACGUACCGUUCAACGUAGUAGGGAAGGUUACACGUACAUGUAAAACAAAUAAAGUACACACAAUUUCUAAUUGGUUGUUUUUGCAAAUACAAUUACGUAUACAGGUAAGCACUGCCACUGUGAUACUAAAUCUUACUGCGUUCCCAGCCAUCGUGCCAUAUUUGUUCCUAGGUCACUCCAGCUCGUCAGUUACUUAUCCUGGAAAGGUUAGAUUCAGAACUUAAGGGAGGCUGUAACACAUAUUAUAAGGACGCGAUUUGUUUGUGGUAUCCACGUGAUCAUUUAAUAUUCCCGUACCAUUUAGUGUUUUCGUUCGAAAAGGAGCAAAUUUCUUUUCUGUGAUAUUGGUUUGUGCGCUGCUUCAAAUGAAGCUGCAUUUCAUUAUAUUGGAACAAAAUACAGAAUAUACGUUAACAAUAUGCUGUUUGUAUUUUGCAAUGCCCAUGUUAGUUACAGCAUAAGUAUGACACAAUGAAACACGGUGACACCAUAGCUGUGUCACAGCUGUAUAAUUACCCUUGUAUUGUCUUUGGCCACUGUAAUACUACAGCUGCACUAUCAGAAUCACAUCAUAUGACAAAGGUCAAAAGGCUUUAUGAUAUGGCGACUGCUAGCCAUCAAAAGGGACGGACCAUUUGAUGUUGAACAAAUAUUGUCCCCGAAGAUUAACCUCCAGACUGUUAAUAGAAAUGAAAUCUGCAAAAAAUUACAUUGUUGAGACGUGUUUUUCUUAAAAAGAAAUUCAGGCUCAUAGUAUUAUAUGAAACAGAUAUCUGGUUUUGUAGCUGUAGCUGAAAAAUGUGUAAUCUCGAUACAAAAUCCACGGCCCGCUCAGAAUAUCGAAUGAUCGCUCCCUCAUAGAUAUCACAAGAAGAGAUGUAAAUAUAUAAAUAUAAAUUAUUGAAUCACUGUUGACAACAAACUCGAUAUAUCUGGUUUAUGUCAUGGAGACGCUGUUAUCGUUAGGUCAUCACUUAUGUAUUUAUAUUUUAAGCAUCACGUUUUAUUAGUAUAUAUUAACAUUUUUUCCGAGCUGAGAAUGAAUUCUUAAUCUGUCCCAUACGUUCGUUCAAGAAAACAUGUGUAUAUCCAUACCUGAUUUCGUAAAUGUUAAGUACAUAUUGCACAGUGUUCAGUGGGAUUAAUCUGAAAUUAUCAUUUACACAAAGCAAAUAACAUACCAUUCGUUUAGUCAUCAUUUGGCCCAUGAUAUUGAUAUUCAAGGAUAAAAUCAACUCAGCAUCCACUUUCAUCUUUUUGUCGUUUUUCAUGCCAUGCUAUCAAUACCUCCAUGUCGGAAUGAUGACAUCUGAUUGGUCCACGUGAUCUUAAUAAAAUAUUGUGUAACCCGCCUUGGAGGGGUAUACAUUUCUCAGUGGGGGAAUGAAUCUCCUAUACCCCGCCACGAGCCAAUCAGGCUGCACUUGAAUAUCUGAAAGACUGAGUCAAUGGAAGUCACGUCACAUAGCGCAAGCUAGUCUCAGCUCAAUCGAACAGCUGUUUUCUAUCAAUUUUGAAUUUUUUAAAUAGUUUGAUUAUGUCAUAUUAAAACAUGUCGGAAAGAUAAAUUCGUUUCAGCAGAAUGACGAGGGGUACACGGCGCUACUCCAUGUAACCCUCGUGAUUCUGCUACAACGAAUAAUGUAUCCCACCUGGGAGGGAAAUACAUUUCUGAGCAGGAGAAUAAAUCCCUUACACCCCGUCACAUAGAAGACACGCUUUACGUGGAUUUCUGAAAUCCUUUAUACCCUGCUUCGAAGCAAAAAGCCGCUCGCCCCUAGUUAAUGAAAGUCAAGAAGACAGCACAAGUUAACCUCAGCGCAAUCGAACAAUUGUCUUUUCUUAUCAACUUUGAAUUUGUUUGAAUUCAUAUAUCUUAAAACAUGUCGGUAAGAUAAAUUACCAGCACGGACACCGUCUGUGUGAUCAACCCAACAGAGAUGUCAGCCUCAGACGAACUCAUCUUCUUGUUGGAAAACUGUUAAUUUGUAAGUUAUUGUCUUGCACAUACUUAUAUAAUACUUGUGUUUACUGUGUAUCAAAUGUAAAAUAUUUGCUUUGUGGCGUAUUUUUACUUUUAGUUUACGGUAAAUAAAAUGUUAAAUAUUU